AUGUUCUCGGGUUUACCGAGGCCUGCUGGCCGCGCGCGCCCCCUGGAGGCCGCACGGAGGAGCGGUUUGUGGCUUCCUCGCGCCUCUGACAGCCAGGCUGUGCGCACACGCCUCCAGGGCUUGAAACUGUUGGGAGCUGGGACGACUACAACCUCGGCUCCGCUCCUGCGAAGCCCUCCUGAGGCACCCGACCUGCUAUUAAAAGGAAAAAUCAGCCCAAUGGUCAAGGCCUCUGUCCACAACCUGAGCAAGACGCAGACGACCAAACUCACUGUGGGCAAUCAUGGGUUAGGCCUGAUCAUCAUCCAGCAUGGCCCCUACCUCCAGAUCAUCCACCUGGUCAAGAAGGGAGCUGCAGCCAGCGAUGGCAAACUCCAGCCAGGUGAUGUUUUGAUUAGUGUUGGCUGUGCCAAUGUGUUAGGAUAUACACUUCGAGAAUUUUUAAAGGUUUUGCAACGCAUCCCUAUAGGAUCAGUGCUACAAAUCAAGGUUUACCAAGAUUUUAUCGCUAUACCCCAAGAAUGGCAAGACAUACAUGAUAAAAUCCCUGAGACCAAAUUCCCAGUGACAAGCACAGCAAAGACUACUAAACAACCAGAAGGGAAAGCCGUUCCGAGUCCUGAUGACACUGAAGAAGCAGUAUUAGAUAAGCGACUUAAGUAUUAUAGAUACCCACGGUUAAUGAGACAUUUGCCUCCAAGAACAAUGUCCAUCUCUACAGAAUGGCAUGAAUACAAAAAGGAUAAUCAGAACAUUAGUGUGGGGAAAGACGUCCACUCUGAUGUGAUGAUUCACAGAGACCAUGAAAAGGACUCCAGAGCCCCUUCUCCACGCUGGGCGAGGGCGAAGCAAGACCAGGAAAGGUCCUCCUCCUCGGCCUCGUCCAUCUCAGACGUGUUUUGGCUGGAAGAUUAUGCCCAGACUGAAGAGAGCAAAGGCCAACCCGGUUAG